GGAGAUUAUAGACCUAGUACCUUGACUACCUGAUUUGGCUCAGCCUGACACCCGACAUACCUGUACCUGUGGAAGGUCUCGCCCUAUGACAAAGGAACAGCGAUAUGUAUUACAUAGCCGGUUUAAAGGAAGAGCCCUUGACAAAGCUUGAGAAGAUGGACGAGAAAGUAAUAAAGCGCAAAAAAGACGAGCCUGAAGAGCAAAAAAAGGCAACAUCUGGUAAGAGGUUGGUAAAGAGCAGUGUGGUGCUGCCGGCGCCGGGUCCCCUUUUCUUCGAACCCGCUACUGGCGCCUGCACCGUCCACAUAGAGGUUUUCUGCAGAGACUGGCAAUCUUCGCAGCUCGUGGCUGGCGUCGGCGCCUUUUUUUCUUUCAACCAUCCGUGCAAUGUGAGCAAGGCGCUGGACCCGCGUUUGCGCUGGAGCGCACUUGAAGCGUACGUGAUGGCCGCCACGUUUGCGUGCAAGAACGCAAAGUCCGCAGGCCUGUACAAACUGUUGAUCUGCACACACUGGAGCAGGAGGCUGAGGGCUGCAAUUAACCGUCACCGCAGGGGUGCGCCACUCGAGGGCAUGCAAGCGAUUCUCUCCCCCAACGUGAGGGAGGUAUUUUCGGGGAUGGACAUACAGUGGAGCCGCGUGCCUUCUUUGUCUGCCGGCCAAUGUCUCGCCUUCAAACGGGCUUUCGAAGGAGCCCACUCCGGAUUUACAAUGUAAAAUUGUUACUUACAGUUGUUGAAAAUGUUGAUUAUUACGU